AAGUGUGUGAUUGUAGAGACGUGUCUUUAAUUUAUUGGACGACAUUGGGGAAAUCGAGUCUGUUUCUCAUCAAUUUUUACACGGAUUUUUCUUACAAUGGUCAUGCCGUCCGUCACCAGUCUCUCGCUAUUGUUAUUCUCUGCGUUUACUCUUACAGAAACAGAACAGUUCCACUACAAAUAUGUGACGUGUGGUUCUACAUUAAAGUUGCUUAAUCCAUAUCACAAAGUCCGUUUACACUCUCAUGACAUCAAAUAUGGGUCAGGAAGUGGACAGCAGUCUGUAACAGCUGUGGAAUCUUCAGAUGAUCACAAUAGUUAUUGGCAGAUACGACCCAAACCAGGAACCUCUUGUUUUCGAGGGGUUCCAGUAAAAUGCGACCAGACUAUCCAACUGAUGCAUGUUGCUACAAGAAGGAACUUGCAUGGUCAUCAUUUUCGUUCCCCACUUUCAAAUAAUUUAGAAGUUAGUGCCUUUGGUGAAGAUGGAGUAGGAGAUGCAGGGGAUGACUGGACAGUUAUUUGUAAAACUGGAAAUUGGUCCCGAGAAGAGCGUAUCCGAUUAAAAAAUGUUGUCACUGGAAGCUAUCUCCAUGUAAAUGGUGAUGUAUAUGGCCGACCAAUCCAAGGUCAGCGUGAGGUCAGCGCUCAUGAUCAUCCUAAUGAAAAGAAUUAUUGGCAGGCAGGUGAAGGUAUUUUUAUCAAACCAGCUCUACCGAUUCACUCCCGGUUACGGAAUCAUGAUGAGUUUUAAAUGUUAUCCUACAUUCCAUCAAUUCUCAUCUCUAAAAUUCUCAACAUUAACAAAAUCUUCAUAAUGAGGAAGGAGGAAGUUGUGGCAUUCAUCCUUCUCGGCUGAGAUUCUUACAGUUCAGUUAUUUCUAACAGGAAGGAGAUUUUUUUUUCCAUCCCUCUCAUUUGUUAACACAAGAAAAUAAAACCCAAAACGCUUAAUUAAAUUGAUAACGUCGAGAAGUACUCUCUCCACCAUUCUUUUCUAUA